AUGGCAAACGAACUACGAGACUUAGUGAAACAAGAACGAAAUUGUUUAAGAACUUUCGAAGCAGUGAAAUGUUUUCUCGAAAAAUUUGACUCCGUGAAACAAAGUGCUGAAGUGAGAGUUCGUCUAGAACGACUUGAUGUGGCAUUUAACGACUUUCUUUCUGUUCGAAGAAAAAUUGAGCUGCUUACGGAAGAUGCGGAUGGUGAAGACAGUGAUACGAAAAAGAUCUCCAGUGAAACGCGAGAGGCGCAAACGAAGAAGAAAGAAGAAGAAAAUGUGGAGAAAGUGAUUAAUGCCGAGAACCAGUAUUGCAGUCUGAAAGCUACCCUGAUGAGCAUACUAACGAGCCAAACAUCUACGUCAUCGAGCAUGCAACAGCCAGUACUUCAUGGACCAGUUGGCGGUCUAUCUCGUGUGAAGCUUCCGGAAAUUCGCCUUCCAUCUUUCUGUGGCCAACUAAGAGAAUGGGUCAGUUUUCGUGACACGUUUAGGAGUUUGAUUCACAAUAACCAGCAACUGACGGAAAUGGACAAAUUUACCUACCUGCGGUCAUCGCUCAGUGGUGAGGCUCUCCAGGAGAUAAAUUCCGUACAAAUGUCCGACGUUAACUACGUAAUUGCUUGGGAGAUGUUGGAAAAGCGAUAUGAAAACAAAAAAUUAAUAGUAAAGGCUCAUCUCGAUUCGCUGUUUUCUAUCGAACCAAUACGUCGGGAAGGAUAUGAGCCGCUGAGUCGUCUAAUUGGUGACUUCGACAAACAUCUUCUCAUGCUAGAUAAGACAAAGUUUUCCAUUAGCCACGCAGCUGUCCAACAGUCUUCAAGUCAACCAUCAUCGAUGAAGUGUCCAUUCUGCGGAGAAGGUUAUUAUUUCGCCUUUCGCUGUAUUAAGUUCCUGAAGCUGGCGGUUGUCGAGCGCAAUGAAGCAGUACGACGAUCACGCCUUUGCCUGAACUGCUUGGCGCCAGGGCAUCAGGCAAGAGUUUGCAGUAGAGGCUCCUGCCAUCAUUGUAAGCAGAAGCAUCACUCCUUAUUGCACCCGGAACCGCAGCACACAAGUGAAUCUCGUAACAGAUCCUCCGUUCAACAAGGGCAUUCAAGACCUACAGCAAUCCACCAACAGCAACCACAAACAUAUCCAAAUCAAAACCAACCAGCACAAGCUCAAACUACACAACAACCCACACACUCGUUUUCCGUACACUCGCAAUCCAAUGCACCACCACCCCUCACAAAUCAAUCAUGCACCAACCAGAACACUGUUGCGCUUCCGACAACUACACAACUCUCCACGCAAGACAUUCUUCUGUCAACUGCUCUUGUGUGUGUACAAGAUUGUCACGGUAACACACGACUAGCUCGAGCACUGCUAGAUUCGUGCUCUCAAUUUUGUUUCAUGACAACACGCUUCUCAAAGAAACUUCAUCUCCAAGGUUCCUCCGAACAUCUAUCAGUGCAAGGAAUCGGUGGAUCAGUAGUCAUUGCACGGAAGUCAGUCAAAGCGUCAAUUUUCCCACGUAUUCCGGAUAUAUCAUCGUUCCAUGAAGAGAUGAAUUUCUACGUGCUGUCAGAACUAACGGCUACUCUGCCCUCACGGAGGGUAAACACAGUCAAUUGGAAGCUCCCUAAAACCAUUACUUUUGCCGAUCCACAAUUUCAUGAGCCAGGCUGCAUUGAUCUAAUAAUUGGUGCAGAGCAUUAUCUGGAUCUGCUAACAGACGGUCGGCAGAAAAUUGCAGAUGAAGGGCCUUCACUGCAAAAUACAGUAUUCGGGUGGAUAGUGUCUGGUCGCAUAGUCGAUCAUGCAGCGACAGUAACACAAGCUGCAGCAUAUUCCUGCACUCAUGCGAGCCUGCACGAGCAGUUGGCAAAGUUCUGGGAAUUAGAAAACUGUCAUACUAGUAGCACUCAGUCCGUUGAGGAGACAGCCUGUGAAGCAUUCUUUGAUCAAACCACCGUUCGUGAUGAGCAAGGCAGAUUUGUUGUCACAUUGCCGAAAAGAGACUACCUCAUAAGGCAGCUUGGAGAAUCAGAAGGAACAGCAAUUAGGAGAUUCUUGGGCUUGGAGAGAAGGUUUCAACAGAAUUCGGAGCUGAAGGUUUCGUAUGCGGAUUUCAUCAGGGAGUAUGUGCAGCUGGGCCACAUGGUGCAAGUUCCAGUGUCAACGUCGGAGGACAAUACAACCCUACCAGUAUGCUAUCUUCCCCAUCACGCUGUCUUCAAAUUAGAUAGCACCACAACCAAGCUACGCGUUGUGUUUGAUGCUUCGUGUAAAACCAGCAGCGGAGUAUCACUAAACGAUGCGUUAAUAGUAGGCCCUGUCAUACAGGAUGAUCUUAUCUCCAUCACGCUUCGAUUUCGUCUGUUGAGUGUGGCCAUAGUAGCGGACGUGGAAAAAAUGUAUCGGAUGAUUCAAGUGCAACAUCAAGAUCGGCGUCUACAGCGCAUCGUAUAUCGCGAUUCUCCUGAUGAACCAAUUAAAACGUACGAGUUGACAACUGUCACGUACGGGACAGCAUCAGCUCCUUAUCUGGCGACAAAGUGUCUCCAGAGCCUAGCAGAUGAAGGGGUUUCUUCGUAUCCACGCGCAUCCAAGGUAUUGAAGGAAGACUUUUAUGUUGACGAUAUGUUGACAGGGGCAAAUGACGUCGAAGAAGCGAAAAAUCUGGCGUCAGAAAUUGUUCAACUAACAGCAUCGGGAGGUUUUAAUUUGCGCAAAUGGAACUCCAACUCUACACAAUUGUUGGCUCAACUGCCGGCAGAACUAUUGGAUAGUCGGGCGACGUUAGAACUAGAUUCAUCAUCUUCUCCAGUUAAGACGUUGGGACUCCAGUGGGAACCACAGUCAGACAGAUUUCGAUACGAUUCUCCACACUGGAGCAAUGACACCGUUCCUACUAAACGCAUUGUACUUGCCGAAGCCUCUCGUCUUUUUGAUCCAUUAGGAAUAAUUGGACCCGUAGUGGUCUUAGCUAAGGUUUUCCUACAAGAACUGUGGAAGCAGAACUGCGGAUGGGACGAUCCGUUACCAGACAGGAUGCAGUUGUUUUGGCAGGAAUAUAGACUGAAUUUGAUUGCUCUAUCGUCGCUUUCUGUUCCACGGUGGAUUGGAUACCGGACCGAAUCAGCGAUGCUGGAAAUACACGGGUUUUGCGACGCGUCUGACAAGGCCUAUGGAGCCUGCAUCUAUACACGUUGCACCCUAUUGGAUGGCUCGGUAGUGGUACGCCUACUCAUAGCAAAGUCACGAGUUGCACCUCUAGAAGAUCUCAAGCGGAACAAGAAAAGGUUAUCUACUCCUCGUCUCGAGCUGUCAUCAGCCUUGCUACUGUGUCAUCUGUAUGAAAAAGUGAAAUCCAGCAUCCGUAUCCCCUACAAUGCUUGGUUUUGGACGGAUUCAACCAUCGUUGUACAUUGGCUGUCUUCGUUACCAUCAAGAUGGCAGAUAUUUGUUGCGAAUCGUGUAUCCGAAAUUCAGCACAUUACAAAAGGCUUUUCUUGGAAUCACGUUGCGGGUGUAGAAAACCCAGCGGAUGUUAUUUCACGUGGGAUGACACCUGCUCAAUUACAGUACAACACGCUUUGGUUCGAAGGCCCGCCAUGGCUGCGUCGAGACCGCAGCACGUGGCCGGCGGCAGGUCCCGAAGAAGAUUUCGAUCCUUCUCUACUCGAAGAGCGAAGCACAGUUGCAGUUCCAAUUCAGCUCAAGCCACCCAACGAGAUUUUCGGUCUUCAUUCCUCAUUGUUCGUGUUAGUAAGGAGAGUCGCUUGGAUUCGUCGCUUCAUCAAUAACUGUCGAUGUCCAGAAUGGAGGCGAAGUGGCGGUAUUAGCCACAAAGAGCACAACGAAGCAUUGUUGUUGCUUGUGCGCAUGGCCCAGAAUGAAUCCUUUCCCGAAGAGGUUUCUGCACUACAGCGUGGAAAGCAAGUGAAACAGUCAUCUCCCAUAAACAAACUCUGGCCUAUACUGGUCGAUGGCAUACUCCGUGUUGGCGGUAGACUGUCUCAAGCAUCAGUUUCGUCAACCCGCAAGCACCCAGCAAUUCUUUGCUAUCGGCAUCCGUUAAGUAAACUCAUUGUCACAGAUUACCAUCUGAAACUCUUCCAUGCAGGGCAGCAACUUCUCACAAGUAGUGUGCGAGAGAAAUACUGGCCAACUCAAAUCCGCAGAUUGGCUAACACCGUCGUACACGAAUGUGUAUCGUGCUUUCGUAACAAACCCAAGGUAUUGGAACAACUCAUGGCAAAUCUCCCGUCGGAACGAGUAUCACCUGCUCCACCCUUCCUAAAAGUAGGCGUAGACUAUUGUGGUCCUUUCAUGGUUGCCAACUCAAAUCGCCGUGCCGCUCCACGGAAGUACUUCCUUGCUAUUUUUGUGUGCCUAGUGACGAAGGCUGUUCACCUCGAGUGUGUUGGAGACCUCACCAGCGAAGCCUUCAUCGCAGCUUUCAAGCGUUUCAUCGCACGUAGAGUUGUUGAUGGUGCCGAACAAAACGAGGUCGAAUUCCGUUUCAUUCCACCCAGGUCACCCAACUUCGGUGGCCUUUGGGAAGCCGCGGUGAAAUCCUUUAAGGCCCACUUCAAACGCACCAUUGGUACCAGAAUUCUUCAGCAUGACGAAAUGCAAACUGCAGUAACACAAAUUGAAGCAAUCCUCAACUCCCGUCCUUUGACGCCCAUCAGCAGUGACCCGAUGGACUUUGAGGCGUUGACGCCGGGUCAUUUUAAUCCAGCGACCACUUACAGCGGUGCCUGA